AUGGGAAGAGGGAAAGUAGAGAUCAAAAUGAUCGAAAACAAAACAAGCAGACAGGUGACAUUUUCGAAACGAAGAGCUGGUCUGAUGAAGAAAACCCAUGAGCUUUCUGUUCUUUGUGAUGCCCAAAUUGGACUCAUUGUCUUCUCCAGCAAAGGCAGGCUCACUGAGUACUGCACCCCUCCAUUAACAAUGAAUCAGAUUAUAGAGAGGUAUGUUAAGGCCAGGCCAAAUGUUUCGAUACCCGAUCACAUAGGACCAGCUCCAUACAUUAAUGAGCAAGUUCAAAGGGAGUUGAUGCGAAUGAAGAGCGAAACUCUAAAUCUUCAGUUAAGCCUUCAGAGAUAUAAGGGGGAUGAUUUGAGCAAUGUAUGUUUUGAGGACCUAACCCAAUUAGAACACCAGCUUGAGCAAGCGGUGCUUAAGGUUCGAAGCAGAAAGUUUCAGCUUAUCCAUGAGCAGCUGGAGAAUCUAAAAAGAACGGAGAUACUGCUGGAGAAAGAAAAUCAAGAAAUGUACCACUGGCUGAUGAACAAUCAGAUUCAGAAGCAAGCAGAAAUGGAAAAUCAGCAGCAGCAGCAAGUGAUGACAGAACUUAAGUUAGUAGAACAACAACCAUUGUCAAACCAGUUCCUGUUCUAUGGAGAGGAUCUUCAGCUUGGAACUCAAAUACCUCUUCAGACACAAACAUACCAUCUCCAGCCUACCCAUCCUAACCUCCAAGACUCUACUCUACAAUCAGCUCCCAUGGGUACGUACAUAUGCACUUCAUAAAAAACUUGACAAUAUGCAUAUA